AGCUUCUCAUUGCUAUAUAUUCCUUUGAAGAAUUUUCUUGAUUAUUACAAAAUUUCGUCAUAAAAACAUGAAUAAAGCUAUAGCAUUAGUUGCUUCUUCAUUCUUGAUUUUGUUGUUGGCUUCUACAACUGUUUUUGCAACAGAUUACACUGUUGGAGAUGCCUCUGGAUGGACCCUUGGAGUUGAUUACACCAAAUGGGUUGCAGGGAAACAAUUCAAAGUUGGUGAUACUCUAACAUUCAAGUAUUCCCCAAACUUCCACCAACUGGACGAAGUGAGCGAAAGUGACUUCAAUAGCUGCAAUCCAAGCAAACCAAUCAGAAACCACAGAGAUGGCAACACCAAAAUCACACUUUCGAAGGCAGGGCGCUUCUUCUUCUUCUGCCCAAUAGGUAAUCACUGCUCUCGCUCCAUGAAACUUGCAGUCACUGUUCGUGCUUGAAUGCUGGCAAGUUUUCGUUCGGAACGAAACG